CCCAGGUGGUUUCAGUUAGCAUCCACUCCCUUGUUCUCCCGCGAGUGUCCUCCUUUCCGCAGCUUCCGCGACUGAUCCCUGGAUCUGGAGACCCAGCCAUUCCCCAGGAGGACAAUGACCAAGGUCAAGGAGGCGGUGACGUUCAGGGACGUGGCCGUGGUCUUCAGUGAGGAGGAGCUGGGGCUGCUGGAUGCUGACCAGAGGAAGCUGUACCGUGACGUGAUGCUGGAGACCUUCAGGAACCUUCUGUCAGUGGAAGCGCAGAGUCUAAACAAGAUGGAGACUCUUUGUGCAGAAGGAUUAAGGUGCUUUUUACCAGGGCAGUUUCCAUGCUGGCAAAAGACAAGCCUUGAUUUCAACAAGCUGGCCAGAACUCCAGAAGCUGAAAUAAACACUCAAGGAAAGGGCCCUCAGUUCCUGGAGCAGUGCCAUGCCUCCUCCCACACGGGAGCAGAAGAGCCACCCUGGUCCUCUGAGGGUGAUGGCUGUCCUGAGAGUCUCAUAAGGGACCUUUUCAGCAAUAUUGAAAAUCAGGAAUUUCUGUUCUGGAUAGCCCAGUGUUCUUGGAAUAAAACACAUCUUACCCAGAGACAAAACCAUCAGAAACAGUGUCUGCAGACUCCAGUGAAAAAGCAGCCACGGCUGUUGGAUUUGGGUGUUGACAUUCUGAGCUGCAUUUCCCAUCAUAAUAACAAUAUCCUGCAUAAAACAGACAAAGCCCACAGCAGCAGUGACCUUGGUAAAGUCAUCUUUCCUGUGUCACCUGUCACCCAGCAUCAUGUUUACACAGAACAGAAGACUUCCCAGUGCAGCCAGGGCCAAGAAGCCUUCACUGACAGCCCCAGUCUGGAACUCCAUCAGCAGGCCCUCUUGGAAAAGGAGUCCCCUGUGCCUAGUACACAUGAGGACACCGGCCAUAGCUCCAGUGUCCCCAUUCAACAAAGCGCUCAUCCAGGAAAACAGCGCUACUGGUGUCAGGACUGUGGCAAGGGUUUCAGUCAGAACUCAGACCUUCAGACCCACCAGAGAGUGCACACGGGGGAGAAGCCCUACAGGUGCGACAGCUGCGGGAAAGGCUUCAGCCGCAGCUCAGAUCUCACCAUCCACUACCAGGUGCACACAGGAGAGAAGCCUUACAAGUGUGAGGUGUGUGGGAAGGGCUUCGCUGAGAGGGCACACCUCCAAGUCCACGAGAAGAUCCACACAGAGAAGGCAUAUAAGUGCGGAGACUGUGGCAAGUGCUUCAGAUGUAGCUCGAACCUCAAGAGCCAUCAGCGGGUCCACACGAGAGAGAAGCCAUAUAAGUGUGACGCGUGCGGCAAGGGGUUCAAUUCGGUCUCAAGCUUCCAGAACCACCAGGGGGUCCACACGGGAGAGAAGCCAUUUUGCUGCGACGUGUGUGGGAGGGGCUUCAGUCGGAGCUCGUAUUUUCAAGCCCACCAGAGAGUUCACACCGGCAUAAAGCCAUACAGGUGUGAUGUGUGUGGGAAAGGCUUCAGCUGGAGUGUGAACCUUCAUAAUCAUGAGAGAGUGCACACGGGGGAAAAGCCUUACAAGUGUGGGGUGUGUGGGAAGAGCUUCACUCAGAGGCCACACCUCCAGGUCCACGAGAGGAUCCACACAGGAGAGAAGCCGUAUAAGUGUGGAGACUGCGGCAAACGCUUCAGCUGUAGCUCGAACUUUCACACCCACCUGAGGGUCCACACAGAAGAGAAGCCUUAUAAAUGUGAGGAGUGUGGCAAAGGCUUCAGUCACACCUCAAAUCUGCAGGCCCAUCAGAGUGUCCACACUGGCGAGAAGCCGUUCAAAUGCACCGUGUGCCAGAAGCGGUUCAUUCAGAUCUCGCACCUCCAGACCCACCAGAGGGUGCACACGGGAGAGAAGCCCUACAAGUGUGACACGUGCGGGAAAGCCUUCAGCCAGAGGUCCAAUCUCCAGGCCCAUCAGAUUAUUCACACCGGGGAGAAGCCAUUCAAGUGUGAGGAGUGUGGGAAGGGGUUCAGCUGGAGCCAGGCCCUUACUGCUCACCGGAGGGUCCACACGGGAGAGAAGCCAUACACGUGCCCUCAGUGCGGGAAGGGCUUUAGUCAGGUCUCAACCUUCCACACUCACCAGAGGGUCCACACCAGGGAGCGACCGUACAGAUGUGACGUGUGUGGGAAAGGCUUCAGCUGGAGCUUGAACCUCUAUAGUCAUCAGAGAGUUCACACAGGGGAGAAGGCUUACAAGUGUGAAGUGUGUGGGAAGGCCUUCACACAGAGGUCACAUCUUCAAGCCCAUGAGAGAACUCACACAGAAGAGAAACCGUAUAAGUGUGGAGACUGUGGCAAACGCUUCAGCUGUAGCUCGAACCUUCACGCCCACCUGAGGGUCCACACUGAGGAGAAACCCUAUAAAUGCAGGGAGUGUGGGAAAGGCUUCAGUCAUGCCUCAAGUCUGCAGGCUCAUCAGAGCGUCCAUAUUGGUGAGAAGCCGUUCGAAUGCAAUGUGUGCAAGAAGCAGUUCACUCAACUCUCACACCUCCAAGCCCACAAGAUGGCGCACACUGGGGAGAAGCCGUACAAAUGUGACACGUGUGGGAAAGGCUUCACACAGAGAUCCAAUCUCCAAGCCCAUAAGAUUAUUCACACUGGGAAGAAGCCGUUCAAGUGUGAGGAAUGUGGGAAGGAAUUCAGCUGGAAAACGGGGCUUACUGCUCACCAGAGGGUCCACACAGGAGAGAAGCCCUACACGUGCCCUCAGUGUGGGAAGAGCUUCAGUCAAGCCUCAUCCUUCUACACUCACCAGAGGGUCCACACUGGGGAGCGGCCCUUCAUCUGCAGCAUCUGCUGUAAGGGCUUCAGUCAGAAAUCACAUCUCGUCUACCACCAGAGGGUCCACACUGCAGGGAACCUCUAGGUUUGUUCUGUCAGGUGGGCUCCAUCCUGCUGAUUGUUUAGAAGUUCCCCCAAACCCAGAGGAGUUGAGAGACUUCACAGUGAAGACACUUGUGUUC